AUGCAAAACCCGCAGCAACAGCAGCAACAGCCAGGGCAAGAGGAAGAGCAGCCUCGCAUGAACCUUUUAACGAUGAUGCUGAUCUUCUUUAUGAUUCGAAGUUUGAUGUCCAGUUUCACACAGCCUGCAAAGCCUCAGACUCCGGCAUCCAUUAUCGAACAGUACAACCAGACGUACAAGGAACAGAAGCCUGUAGAGCAAGACGCUCCCGUAAAUCCUGUUUCUUCGAUAUUUGGAAUGAUGAAGGGAAUGAUGCCAGUCAACAAGGGUAUUAAGGGGAAGGGUUAUUUGCCAAUUCUGAAGGACGGUGCUCCUUGUUCCGUGUACGUGUAUGCUUCCGAGUCCAAAGAGGACUGUACGAUCGAUGACGCUCACCUCUUGUACAAGCGCGAGUCGCAGCCCUACAGUUCUUCGAUGGAGUACAACGAAGUGAAUAUUACGCUUCCCAUGACCGAGGGUCUUCUCAACAACGGCACCUACUUUGCACAUCUCUUCUUCGGAGUGGCGGGCAUCGAGCCUUCCAUGGAGCGCGGCUGUGUCUCCAUUAAGGGCCAAACCCACACGGUGUAUCAGCUCAAUCGCUAUAAGCCGAAUAUCACCGUCGCGGAGCAGUACAACCUUCUCUCCAACUCUUCCACACUCCUCACACACAAAUCCACGGAGCCUCCCAAGAUCAUCAAUUACUGGAUUCCGAUGUUGCACCUCUACGUGAUCCCCUUCGCGAAAGGCCUGCAAGGCGGCCAGAUUCCUCCCCAGAUGAAGGAUUACUACCUGGACGACGCCACCAUGACGUACACGCCGAACGUGGAAGUGAACGAAUUCGUGCUGAUGAACAAACAUUUGAUGCCGAUUAACGACUCCCUAGCCGAGCUUCCGCUCACCAUCUCCUUCAAGGCCUUCGGAUUCUUCAAGGGACAGAUGAUCGGGCAGAUGGGAACCGUGCUGGAGAUGCAGAAGGCGAUGGGAGCCGCGACGGAGAGCGACUUCGACGACAUCAAGGCGAUGUUCUUGGAGACGAACCCCACGUUAUUGAUCAUAACCGCGGUGGUUUCGGCGCUGCACAGCGUGUUCGACACGCUGGCGUUCAAGAACGAGAUCAGUUUCUGGCGCAAUCGGAACAACAUGGAGGGCUUGUCGGUUCGCACAGUGUUCAUGAACGUGUUCGUGAAUCUGAUCGUGCUGCUUUAUCUCAUCAACAACGAGACCUCCAUGAUGAUCCUGAUCUCCAACGCCGUGGGCCUUCUGAUCGAGCUGUGGAAGGUCACCAAGGCGGUGAAGAUUCGCUUCUAUUGGAAGGGGAACAUGCCGGUUCUUCGAAUUCGCGACCGCGCGACGUACAGCACGAGCAAGACGAAGGAGUACGACGACAUCGCGAUGAAGCAUUUGAUGGUGAUUUUGUAUCCGUUGGUGGCGGGGUACGCGGUGUACUCGCUGAUCUACGAGACGCACAAGUCGUGGUACGAUUGGAUUAUCACCUCGCUGACGAACUUUGUGUAUCUGUUCGGAUUCAUUUCGAUGACGCCCCAGCUGUUUAUCAACUACAAGCUGAAGAGUGUGGCUCACAUUCCGAUCAAUGCCAUGAUCUAUAAGACGCUCAAUACGUUUAUUGACGAUAUGUUCUCGUUUGUGAUCAAGAUGCCCAUGCUGCAUCGAAUCGCUUGCUUCCGUGAUGAUGUGAUCUUCUUUAUUUAUCUGUACCAGAUGUGGAUUUAUCCGGUCGAUAAGACUCGAAAGAACGAGUUCGGAUAUUCUGCGGUGGAUUUGCAGAAGGCGAAGAAGAGUAAUGAAGAAGGAGCUGUAGUCAAGCAUCGUGCCAAGACCGAUCUUCUAGCUUUUUAGGGGUUGU